AUUAAUUAAUGCCCGUAUAUCUGUCUUCCUUUCCCUCCCAAUUCAACACGAUCAGUCUCCUAUUUAAUUUAAUUUUGGCCACCAUCGUCUUCGGACCGGAAGCCGGCGAGCUCUCCUCUCCGGCGUUUCCCGGUCAUGUCUUCCGUUCCGGGCUAGCCAGCUGGGUAAUCGCACAAAUAAGACACCCCAAAUGAUCCUGGAAAUCAAAGUAAUAUCCGCCCAUGCCCUCCCGCCCAUUUCCAGAAUGUUACGCACCUACGCCGUUGCCGUGAUGGGUCACGACACGAUAUCGAAGACGGCGGUCGACCACCACGGCGGCACAAACCCUACGUGGAACCACAAAUUCGCGAUCCACGUGGACGACAAGUUUCUGGGUUCGAAAUCAUCGGAGAUCAAGUUUGAGAUCUACAACGUGGCCUGGCUGCGUGACCUGCCGAUGGGCACCGCCAGCCUGGUUGUAAACGGCGUUUACCCUCCCCUUUCGGUAAAGAAUCCUGCCAUGCGGCCCCUUACCCUUCGCCUUUGUCGGCCAACGGGGCAUUUGCACGGGAUUCUGAACGUCGGUGUCCGUUUGAAAGACAAUAACGACCCACGAUCAGAGCCUACCGCCGGUUGUGUAAAUCGCAAUGAGCCAGUCCUAGAUGGAUAUGGGAACCAAAACGACAAGAAUGACGCGUCCUCAGUAUCGCCGAAUACCCAAAUGACCAACCGGCCGCCGUCAGUUUGCUACUCUAGAAUACUCCGUCCACUAACGUCAUCGUUCGCGGCUGGGGACUUCUUCGGAGGUGACGGUGAUGAUUACCAUGCUGCCGGGAGCUCCAUAUUUGAGGGUAGGAUUAUUCCGGCAACCGCGCCCGGAGAAACAAAGGAUGAAUUUAGUCCGGUGACGGAAGACGACGAUAACGGUAGCUGUAGGCUUAUUGGAAGUAGUAGGAGGAAUAAUAAUAAAAAUCUUUAUAGAAGAAGUCACUCGUCGUCGGACGGGACGGGAUUGUUCUCCUGCUCAUGCAUAAAACUUAGGUUUGUUUGACGCCGGCCCGGGUCCCGCCGGUCAACUUUGACUAUUUUUCCUGGCUAGGUGUAAAUGGUUUUGUGUAAUGAAAGAUAACAUUAAAUAAUAAGGAGUGGGGCACAUUUCCGAAGAGACCCUUGUUUUUUUGAUUCAUGUGUACGAGCCUUUCUAUACUAG